AUGGUUGCCAAACCACGAGGAAACAGCCCUAUUGAUAGAUCAAUUGACAAUGGUCAAGUCUCUAGAAUUCAAAAGAGCGAUCGCUCACGCUCGCCCUCUCAACAAAGAGAUACACCGUCGAUUGCGGCAGGAUUGGCAUGCAACGCAUCGCAAUCAAUGGAUGUCACGCUCCACCUACAGCUGGAGAUAGCAGACGACAUUUCUGAUGACCUAGAGGAAUUCUCUCGCCUUUGUCGUUUAGGCAACUUUGCCAGAGCGAGUCGAUAUCUUACUGAGCAUCUGAUUGGGCAAGAACAGAAUCCGUACGUAUACGUCCAGUAUGCGCAUUCGCUGUACGAUUCGGGGAAUUAUGCAGACCUGCUGUCUCUACAAACUCAACCCCACUCUACCUUCGAUGCCUCUCGACACGGAGCUAUAACGCAGGAGUGGAAACUCUUGAAGGACGGAGCCACGAUCCAUUCGAACCAGGCUCCGCAAGCUUCCCAAUACGCGCAGGUGUGCCGUGAGCAGUGGAAUAAUUAUGCAAUGGCUGAAAACAAAAGUGCAUCCACUCAGCUCCAAACUAUGAUCAUUUCGCUCCGUAAUCUAGGAUACAUGUCGCGCUUUGGGGCCGGUGUUGAUGAGUCCCUCGUUCGCCGGGCUUUCUCGCUUUUGCCUCUAGCAGACCUGAUGCGUGAAGAGAAAAGCUGGGAUUUUCGAGACAGCUUCGUGAGUCUAGUCCAGGCGGAUCCUGGUCAAGAGCUACUGUCGGACCUCUUUGGUGCUAGCCUUCCCGUGUAUCUGGUCGAUACAGUGUUAAAGAAAUGGGAAGCUUACGCACCCUAUAGCGAGAUCUCGACCAAGCUUGCGUUUCUUGAUAUGGCAGAAUCUGUAUUGUUCGAGAGCUCGCCCAAUGACGAGUCGUGGAGAUUGCUUGACAAAAUUACAGAGAUCAUGUCUUCGCUUCUACAGCGAGACGGGGCCUUGAUGAAGUCCCGGCAAUACAUUCGCUGGAUACUGCUCAAAGUAGCAUACGAAGCUCGCGGACGCCGCGAAGCACUAGCAUCGACACCCCCAGGAAAUCCCGGAAUGUUUUCGAACGCAGGAAAUUUUCUGCGUCUUCUGCUGUACGCUCCCUGUUACUCCGAGACCCCAACACUCUCUAAACCAAAACAUGAAAACGAUCCGGAACCGUUUCUAAAAAUCGCCCUAGAUGCAGCCAGGGCUAUUCAGGACUAUGAGACAGAGGUAUUGUGCCUACAGGCUCUUACCCGCUUUAGCGCAGAGCCGAAAGCAUUCUAUGAUCAGCUGGCUCAGCUACAACAGCAUACCCAGCACGACAUCCAGGGCUGUUUGCGCACCCUUCUUUCCAGCUAUAUGUAUUGCACAGAUGAAAUAUCUCGCGCUAAGCUCAAGCGUGAUAUCACUUCCCUGGGUCACCGCAGGGGCUUCCUACCAUCCUUGCGCUGGACACGCGCGAUGAUCCUCAGAUCUCUUUCUGUUUCCGAUGUAGAGGAAUGGGAGUACUUUAAGGAGGCCGAGCUUGAAUGUAUGCACGGUCCCCACAAUCUACCCAGUACGUGCCUGGCUUUCAUGACGAAGGUCUCCCGUUUGUCUCACCAUAAAUAUCAUCGAUUCAACAAGGAAGAAGGAGAUCUUGGCACGGAGAAGGAUGGGUUUAACGGCUAUCAUACAACGUUGCGACAGUCACGAGACGGAAUUGACGUAGACCCCGCGGAUGAAAGACAUGGGGCCAAAGAAACGAGGUCGGCAUUCGCUCAAGAACGGAAUAUCGCCAGUGAAAGGCCAAACACUGAGCAACCAGUAAAGCAGAAGGACAUCAGAACAGGAACACGCCAUAAGGCCGAGGUCAACUUGAAGUCUCCUAGAGCAGAUAUUCAAGACCAGGACCUUAAGGGAAUCAGACGAACGAAGGGUUCCAGAAGUUCCAAGGAUGUAAAAGAGCUGGAAGCUCCGGGUAGCCGCACUGGAGACGGAAAUGCUCAGCACAGUGGUGCCCUCCAGUUGUACAGGGGGCGUGUGGGGCGAGAACGUGAGCAAAAUCUUGGGGGUAGUAUACGAUCAAGAACCGCAAGUGCUCCUCCGCGGCCUAUGAAUAGUUACAGCGAUGUGGACGAGCAAGGGGAGACUGGACGGGAUGAUGCGGAUGGUAUUGAAGAAGUCGAACAAGACAAGCCUCCAAUUGCAAUGAGCCUACGUCGAACAGCGACAGUCGAGGACUAUCAUGGGAAUCCUGACGCAGAGCAAGAAGGAUCAGAAGCUUUUGGUAUUUAUGAAGCAGACUAG